AUGCAACUUUACUCUGCAUUUCUGCAAGAGGUUGUUUCCACGGCUCAAACCCGUGAGCUAUAUGGCAACAAUUUACCAGUUAUGAUGAAAGAGAAUGACAUGAGGCGAUUAAGAGUUGAUGUACAUGGUAACACUCAACUUAAGCGGCCAUUUGGUUCUUCCCGCGGAGAAUCCUAUGAUCAAUCACAAGUUCCUGGAAGUGGUUUGGGCGGAGGAGAAGGUGGCAACAACACAGGCGGAGGUGGAGCAGGUGCUAAUGCUAGCACCCAAAAGUUGACAACUAAUGAUGCGUUGUCUUAUUUGAAGGAGGUCAAGGAGAUGUUUCAAGACCAAAGGGAUAAGUACGACUUGUUCCUUGAAAGAAUUGAUACUGCGGGUGUGAUAGCAAGAGUGAAAGACUUGUUUAAAGGGCAUCCGAGAUUGAUCCUUGAAUUCAACACUUUCUUGCCCAAGGGGUAUGAAAUAACCCUCAAUGAAAAAGACGAGCCUCCUCCAAAGAGAACUGUUGAGUUUGAAGAAGCUAUCAGCUUUGUGAACAAAAUAAGGGUUGCUGUACUUUUUGAUGACCAUCCAGAUUUGCUAGAUGAGUUCACUAAAUUCUUGCCAGAUACUUCAGCUACUGCAUUAACAGCACAAACUGAUAAAAAGAAAUCUUCUGUAAAGGUUGAAGAAUUUGGAGGACCUCAUGAAGAUAAAGAUGUCAUGAAAAUUAUGUAUUGCCAAGAGUUCUCUUUCUGUGAAAAGGUAAAGGAAAGACUACAAAGUCCAGCUGAUUAUCAGGCAUUCUUAAAAUGUCUCCAUCUUUAUAGCACAGAAAUAAUUUCAAGGAAGGAGUUACAAAGUUUGCUAUGGUUUGCUUGGGUUCCGUUGGCUCUCUCUGUAGGCAGUAUUGGUUGGUCUUUUGAUGCUGCAAAACUGGAUAGAGCCAUUUAUACUAAACAAGUCCUCUCUUUUGACCGACAAAAGAGAGAAACAGGGGUUGCUGAUUUACUUGGAAAAUGUCCUGAUCUUAUGGAGGGCUUCAAUGAAUUUCUAGAGCGUUGUGAAAAAAUUGAUGAGUUCACUAUAAUCUUGCCAGAUUCUUAUGCUACUGCAUCAGCAGCACAAACAAUGAUGAAGUUGGAUCAAGGAACUCUUGAUCAGGAUUAUAAAGAAUCUGAUAAUGAGAACAAUGGAGAUCUAAGCAUGCAGCGUCAUACUGAUAAAAAGAAAUCUGCUGUGAAGAUUGAAGAAUUUGGAGGACCUAAUGAAAAUAAAGAUGCCCUGAAAAAUAUGUAUAGCCAAGAAUUCACUUUCUGUGAAAAGGUAAAGGAAAGACUACAAAGUCCAGUUGAUUAUCAGGCAUUCUUACAUUGCCUCCAUAUUUAUAGCGCAGAAAUAAUUUCAAGGAAGGAGUUACAACAUUUGGUUGCUGGUCGACUUGGAAAAUAUCCUGAUCUUAUAGAGAGUUUCAAUGAAUUUCUAGAGCAUUAUGAACGAGUUGGUGUUAUGAGCAAGAGUAAGUCUUAUAUAUCCAAAUUAGUAAAGGGAGAGAAAGACAAAGAGCAGAAGCAUGAAACUGAGGCUCCUCCAACUUAUCCUAAAAAAGAAGAAAAAGAGGCUCCUCCAAAGAGAAGUGAACUUGAAGAAUCUAUCAUCUUUGUGAAGAAAGUAAAGGUAUAUCUCAUGAUAAUUUUUAGUACAAAAUUUGUAGCCAAAGCAAUACAGUAA